AUGGCACCAACAAAGAAACACCAGGUCUCCGUCAUCGGCUCCGGUAACUGGGGCUCAACAAUUGGCAAGAUUCUCGCCGAGAAUACCUCAGAACAUACCGACACCUUCGAAACUCCAGUGCGAAUGUGGGUAUUCGAAGAAGAAAUCACCGUCCCUUCCGAUUCUCCCCACCACAGCAAAUAUGGCGACAAGCCACAAAAAUUGACGCAGAUUAUCAACGAAACGCACGAGAAUGUUAAGUAUCUGCCAGGCAUCAAACUGCCUGACAACCUUAUCGCAACGCCAGACAUCAAAGAAGCCGUCAAGGAUGCCAGUAUCCUCGUCUUCAACCUCCCGCACCAGUUUAUCGGCAAGACACUCGACCAAAUCAAGGGACACCAUUUACCUUAUGCCCGUGGAGUCAGCUGUAUCAAGGGCGUUGAUGUUUCAGACGGGAAGGUGACGCUCUUCUCCGAGCUUAUCAUGCAGAAACUAGGUAUAUACUGUGGCGCAUUAUCGGGUGCGAACAUUGCGCCUGAGGUUGCGGCCGAAAGACUAUGCGAGACGACAAUUGGAUACGACCCCCCGCCUAUGGAUCUUACCUCUAGUGACGGCUCGCCUGAGGAUAACCUGCCCCAUGUAGAUGGCCAGCGCCAGAAGGACCUGAGCUCGACGGAUAUAAAGUUGGAGCGUGUGCCGCAGGAUUAUCCGCAUGUGAAUGAUGAACUCCUCGAGAAGAUGUUCGAGCGGCCGUACUUCCUCGUACAUGUUAUCAAGGAUGUUGCAGGGGUUGCGUUGGGUGGAGCGUUAAAGAACAUUGUUGCCCUGGCAGCUGGAUUUGUCGCCGGAAAGCAGUGGGGUGAAAAUACGAAGGCGGCGAUUAUCCGGCAGGGUGUAGGAGAGAUGAUCCGGUUUGGACGGACGUGGUUUCCUUCCUCGGUCAAUGAGAAGACAUUUACAGAGGAGAGCGCGGGCAUUGCGGACCUGGUAGCUAGCUGCUAUGGCGGCCGGAACGUAAGGUCCGCAACGCACGCUGUGGAGAAAGGGGUGAGCGUUGCUGAGAUUGAGAAGACAGAGAUGAAUGGACAAAAGUUGCAGGGGGUUUCGACUGCUCAGACGGUGUACGGGUUCCUGGAGAAGCACGGCAAGACAGACGAAUUCCCCUUGUUCUGUGCUGUGUACAAUAUCAUCGAAGGAAAAGCACAGGUGGAUGAUCUUCCGGCGUUGCUUAACAGGAAGAAAUAG